AUGGCUAGAAUCUUGCUAGUCACGUUCUUGGUUCUGCUACUAGCCACGGUAUUUGCCGAGGACUUUGUCUCGAGAAUCAGAGAAACUCAGACUCUUCUAAGAUCCAUAGGUCCCACAGUCCAGGUUCUAGAUGAGUUUGAUAAGUUGAUCCUGGACCUUCAAAGUCUGUCUGAUAAGGUUCUGGAAAAGACUUUGGCCACUGCUUUAUACAAUAGAGCACUUGUCGAGAUGAGUUUGAACAAGAUGAACUCUGCUAUUGAUGAUCUAGAAGCGGUUUUCGCCUUGGAUCCAGACUUGAAGCCUGCGAAGAACACUUACAAGGAGAUUAUGGUGAAAAGAGGUGAUUUUGCCGCUGCCAGAACUGUUUUAGAUGGAAAGAGCGACGGCGAAUUGGUGGCACAGAUGGAGAAGUGGGAGAAAGCUUUUGAUAAGCUUAAAGGCAUCUUGGGUGGCGAAACGAAGAAGUAUGAUGCUGAAGAGUGCUUGAAAGUUGUGGACGAGACGCUUCAGCCUCUAACGCCCGAGAACCCCACCGUCUUUGAGCUUCAUUUGAUAUGUAGCAAGAAGAAGGCUGCAGAGUCUUUGGAGAAGGAUAAGGCACUGGCUGAGGAUGCGUUCACGGGCAUGUUAAUCGACUAUUCGAAUUUGCUUAAGAAGGCUCCACAGAAGGAUUUGGGAAGGUACAAUGAGUUUGCCAAAUACCUCUUUUUCACUCAGUCAAAUUACCAAGAUGCAUGGAAUGCAGUGAAGAACUGUUUGAGGAUUGACAAUGAGAACAAGCAAUGUGGUUCACUUUCCAAGGCAUUUGCACGUCUUCAAGGUUUCUUGAAACUGCUCGAAGAGUACUCUAUCCUUGAUGGCUAUUUAUACCCCGUUUCUGACGAGUUCAGUGAUCUCAGCGAUGAGAAGUACCAAACGUUUCUGUUUGACUGGAAGCAAAUCCAUGACUUCUUGAAUAAGGAUCCAAUCAAAGCGCCUAAGCGUGAGCUCAAGAAUGUUCCUUCUUCUGUGAAGAAUAACUUUGACUACCUUGUUUGGAUGGCCAAUGGCUUUGCUGAUGAAGAGCUUGGCAAUGAAAAAUUGUUUAUGAGUCUAAAGUUCUACAGAGACUUGACCCGUCUUCGGUGUGAAGCAGCACUUUACUCAGAGAAGUCAACAGAUUGCAAGUUGUACUGUGAUGGAGCAGUGGAGGAUGCUGGUCUGCCUUUCUUCCCCAAGCAUGCUGCUCGUAUUGACGAGGAGCUCAAGAAGAAGAAUUAUGCGGAAGCUCAGAAGCUACUUUCCCAGUUCAGCAAACAUGUGGGCAAGACAGAUGCGUUCCGCAAAAGAUGGAGUAUAAUUGAGAAGAUUCAGCAGAAGCAGCAGAGGCAACAACAAGCAAAGUUCCAUAAGGAGCAGCAGAGGCAGCAGCAACAACAACAGCAUUGGUACCGUCAACAGCAGCAGCAACAGCAGCAGCAACAACGGAUGCAAAGCGACCCUUCGAAGGACUACUACAAAGUGCUUGACAUUCUGCGGGACGCCGAUGACAAAACCAUAAAGAAGGCUUAUAGAACGCAGACGUUGAAGUACCAUCCUGACAAGUAUAAAGGUGAAGAUCUAGAUGAGAAAGGAGUGGAACAGAAGAUGCAAGAGAUCAAUGAGGCAUACGAAGUUCUUUCUGAUAAGGAAUCGAGAGAACAAUACGACCAAGGCCGUAGCGGCCAUUCCCAGGGCCCAAAUAGAGGAGGAAGCCGAGGAUUCAAUUUCCAAGGCGGUCCUAACUUUGGCUUUGACUUCAAUUUCGGUAAUUCAGGAUUCAAUUUUGGAAACGGCGGCUUCAAAUUUGGCGGCAAUGGGUUCCAGCAGGGUAAGCAGAGAAAGAAGAGAAGACAGUAA